AUAUAUAUAUAUAUAUACAUGCAUCUAAUUCGUUCUUCAUUGUAUUUUGUUUCAGCUUUCAAGAAGAAACCACACAAUGUAUCCAACUGUGAAGGUGAGGGUAAAUGAACAAGAUGAUCAGUUUCCUCCCAGAAAUCACGAUAAUGGAUCAAUGCUGUUUUUAAGUCUUAUGGAUUCCCUGUCCAUACAAGCAAAGGAGAAUCGGAUUGAUUCCCCUUCAUCUAUUGCUGGAGUCACAAAGGCUCGUGUCCCAAACUUCUCAGCACAAUUGAUUUCUACGUCCAAAGGAACGGUGAAGAAAAACAACAAACAAGCUGAUAAGAGUGGUGAACAGAAUAGAGCUAAUUCAGCUCCACGCCCACGAGCUAUCCUAUCCAGUCCUGAUAACGAUGGGAUGAUUGGAAGUCAGAACAAAUUAAUGGAAGAAAAAUCUUCGGAUUAUAGUAUAACAAAGAAGAUGCAAGCCCAAACUAAGGUUGUGCAUAAUCAGGUAAAGGCAGCAAGGCCUCUAAACACCAAAAAAGUCUCCCAUGGGGUAUCGGAUGACAAGAGUGGCCCUAAGCAAAGAAAACUUCAUGAACCUGUAAUCCAAAAACAGAAGCCCCGUUUUAGAGAAGGAAAAUCAAGCCUCAAUGCAAAGUAAAUUUCUACCAAAUGCUGCAUUAUGCUUGUACUUUUGCUUUUAGUAUUAUGCAUUUUAAAGUUCAUGUUUUGAAUAGGCCAAAUGGCUUGUUCCCUUCAUGAUGUUGGGUCUUCAACUUUUCAUGUGUAAUGUAUAAGUACCCUAUAAGGCUUUUGAGAACAUAAGUAUUGAGAAACUUCAUUUUGAAUUGUACUCGCACCUUGAAUCCUA